GACCACAAGUUUACUGUACUCGUUUCUCUUGUUGCUUUCACCCCUCUCUCCUUCGUUUCGUUGCUGCUUUCAAUAUGGCCAAAUCAACUCGUUCGAAAGUCAAGCGUCACUUCAGAGCCAAGAAGCGAGAAGAGGGUGUUUAUGCUGCUACAGAAGCAGCCCGCUUGAAUAGGCUUCAUCAAAAGCUAAAAAUGCUCACAACGAGAGACAAGGAUGGGGAUGUAGAAGUUGAGGACGUCUCGAAUUUUGCAGACGAAGAGGGAGAGCCACAAAAUAAUCCAACUCAACAAGUUCAUGCUGAGGGCUCAGGAGAGAGGGCAGGUUUGUUGACUCAACCGUCCCGUACGAUUAUACAAGUUGACCACUCCAUACACAAUUCAGAUGCAAUGGACCUCGAUUUGGGACCCUCGGAUUCAUCAAAACGAAUCUCAACACAUGGUCCCCGUGAUUCAAGGAGAGAGUCAUGGAGAUUAGCGAAGGGACUGCCAACAAAGGUUAUAAGAGGGAUGAACAGGCAAGGGGGCAUCGCUGCGAAGCGAAAGGCGGGUCGUUCACAGCGUAGACGUUGAGGGUCUGCUUCCAUUGUACUGUUACUUCUUUCUUUGCACUUCGAUCGAUGCUCUGGGACUUGUACAUCUGCGGUUGGGAUAUUCAUGCACAUAACAACGCUGAGAAUGCAUACUUAGGGUGAGAGUCAC